CUGCGAAUAAUUACCCCAAAUACAUUUUUUUAAGAAAAAGGAAGGGAGAGGAGAGGUGGAGGCGGAAAAAGGAAAACCGGAGAGAAGACGUGGACGAGUCUGGGGUCGGCGGAGGGGGGCAGGACGUAGCCGGAAUCUCCGCGGUAUAAAUUUAACCGAUCGUCCCGUUUCUCUCUCAACCCCACCCCCAGUCUCUCUGUUUUCUGUUCCCUCUUGCCUUCCUCCUCAUCAGCAGCACAAGAAGAAGAGAUGGAGGGCGAGGUGUGCUCCGUGUCGCCGUCGUCGUCGUCGUCGUCGUCCCCGUCGUCCCACCGGAUGAAGCGGCAGCGCGCGGGGAACCCGGACCGGCCGUACAAGGGGAUCCGGAUGAGGAAGUGGGGGAAGUGGGUGGCCGAGAUCAGGGAACCGAACAAGCGGUCGCGGAUCUGGCUGGGCUCCUACUCCACCCCCGUCGCCGCCGCCAGAGCCUACGACACCGCCGUCUUCUACCUCCGCGGCCCCUCCGCGCGCCUCAACUUCCCGGACUUCGUCGCCGACGAGCUAUCCGACAUGUCCCCGGCCUCCAUCCGCAAGAAAGCCACCGAGGUCGGCGCCCGCGUCGACGCCCUAGCCCAGCUUUCGUCUUCCUCCUCCCAGGCGACGCCGCCGCCGCCGCCCCCCGCGGAGCCGGCCAGGCCGGCGACCUCGUCUUCGCCGAAGAAGCAGAAGAAGAAACCGAAUUUGAACGAGGAGCCCACGGAUUCGGACGACGAAGACUCCGAGUUGGAGACCGGAGGGAAUAUCUCCGCCGACGGCGAGGACCGAUGAUCGGGAUUCCUUCCGAGAGAAUUUCUCCCUUAUUUCCUUCUCUUGUCCCUCCAUUUGUUCGCUAUUUACCUACGCACCAUCACCUCCGUCUUCCGUAUCAAAUGUCUUGCAUACCCUCCAAGGCGCUGGGGUGCUCCGAGGACGGCCUCUUGAAGUUAAAAGAGAAUUUGACGCUUCUGUCCAUUCAAAGAAUCUGUGGAAAUGGGUUGUUUCGGUCAUUUCCUCGGUUUGGCGGGGGCGUAAAGGACAAAAACGCUUCGUCGUCCCUUUUCGCUCUCGCCUUUAUUUUUCCUUUUUAGCCCUUUUUCUCUUUUUCUUGGUCUGUGUGAAAAAGCUUCCCAGCAGCCCCUGUUUUUUCGAAGAAAUUACCAGGGGGGCCUCUGUAGUUACAUGUAGUACAGGAACAUAUUUUUUUCUCUCGAUAUUAUAUUUUUUUUUCAUUUCA